UACCGGUAUAUGGGUACUUUUUUGACCAACAAGGGAGCAGGCGCGCUCAGCUCAAAUUAACCUGAGUCUUUGGGUGAGAGUUAAGCAGUAGUUAGAAGUGUUGAAAGUGUAUACUCCUUCUUGUUAAUUUAUUGGCUGCAUACACUUGUCUCUUCUUUGCGUUUUACUUUUUUGACCAAGCCUUGACAGUGUGACAGUAUGCCUCGUCUGCCAGUAGGAGAACAUGCGCAACAGGAAUUGAAAGGGGAGGGGAAAUACCCAAACUGACGUUUCAUUUAUACGAAUAGCCGCUCAGAGAGCAGAAACUUACAACUUCACAAGUUCAUUUGGAUUCGUGUACAGCUUAAAUGUCAAUACACGUGUUGGUUGUCAAUUCCUGGAGGCUAAGUCUCUUCGUUUGCUGAACAAUACCUUUGGUUAUGGAACAGCAGUUUAGCGACGAUGAAUCACCAGUAGUCCGUAGAGAAGAUACCAAAAGAAGAAGACGGAAAAUGAAGGCGUUUACAUCCAACGCAGCUGUUGCAAUGGACCAGAUUGCUGUCGAGUUUGUGCUCCCCACCACUAACAAGUCUAGCAAAAGCCCAGACACCCUGCAUUUAGAAGUAGCAGGAAAUUGCACUGUGGAACAGGUGAAAGCUCAGGUGUGGCUCAGAGCUGUUGCUAGUCACAUCUGUCCUGAGUUUUACCAAAAAUACUCCCCAGACCACUGCAUCUUGCUCUACCAAAAGAAAGGAAACUGGUGUGAGAUUUACGACAAACACCAGGUGUUCCAGACCUUGGAUUGCAUUCGCUAUUGGAAAGCACUUAAAAAAGACAGUGGGAAGAUUCACCUGGCCAAGAGGCCUCUUCCCUCAGAUGAGUCCAUUCAGUAUCAGAAGUACUUGAACUACUUGAUUGGAUACGAUGUCACUGAUGUGAGCAAUGUUCAUGAUGAUGAACUUGAGUUCACUCGCAGAAAGUUACUUACCCCCCGCAAAAUUGAGUUGGCAGAUAGAGAUGCCAAACUGUAUUCAAUGGAUCCCUGGGUAACUACAAAACCCCUCCCUGAGUAUCUGAUGGGUAAAAUUAGUAACAGUAACGUCCUGCUAGUGAUACACAGGAAUACAUCCAGUCAAACAAUUAAGGUGUCAAUUGACGACACAACUGUCCAGGUGCUCCAGAGCUUCUUCACCAAGAUAGCUAAAAAGAGGGCACUGUUCAACAUUCCAGAAGAUGUCAGUGAGGCAGACUACGUGCUUAGGGUUUGUGGGCGAGAGGAGUACAUUUUUGGAAACUAUGCCAUCAAGGAUUUCCAUUGGGUAAGACAGUGCCUCAAGGAUGGAGAUGAAAUUCACCUGGUGCUAGAAAUGCCUCCAGACCCUGACUCGGAGGAGGUUCACAAGGAAGACUGGGCGCAGGUGGAUGAUUGCACUGGAGUGGCUGGUACUCAUGAACAGUUGACCAUUGAUGAGAAGGACCAUGAAAAAGUGUUUACAAUUUCGCUGUGGGAUUGCAACCGCAAAUUUCGGGUCAAGGUGCUGGGCAUUGAUAUUCCUGUUCUGCCUCGUAACUCUGAGCUGAUUGUGUUUGUGGAGGCCAGUAUAUUCCAUGGGCAGCAGCUUUUGGCCCAAGAAAGAACGACUCCUAAGCCCUUCACCGAGGAGGUACUGUGGAACACUUGGCUGGAGUUCAACAUCAAAAUAAAAGACCUACCUAAGGGAGCACGACUGAGUCUGCAGGUAUCAUGUGGCAAGGCCCAGACCCAGUCAUCCAAGUCAUCCAAUCUGGACAAUGGAGGCUACGAUGGCAAGAGCAAGAGCCGUUUGCUGUAUUACGUGAACCUCCUGCUGAUUGACCAUCGUUCCCUGCUCAGACAAGGAGAGUUCAUCCUGCACAUGUGGAAGAUACCAGACAAGAGUGAGGACAACAGCAGUGUCAAUGCAGACAAGCUGACGUCUGCCACCAACCCAGACAAGACAAGCUCAAUGGCUGUAGCCAUACUGCUGGACAAGUACUGUUACCCGGUAGCUCUGCCCAAGUGCAGAGAGUCUAAAGAGGCUUCUGAUUUGGAAGGGGAGAGAGGGCAGAGGGACAUGCCUAACCACCUGCGAAAGCAGUUUGAACAGAUUGUCGCCACUGAUCCACUGCACCCAUUGAGCCCAGAGGACAAGGAGCUCCUGUGGCACUUUAGACAGGAGUGCAUGCGGCACCCCAGAGCUUAUCCCAAAUUUCUCGGGUCUGUGAAAUGGGGCAAACAGGAGGCUGUGAUGGCGACCCAUCAACUUUUGGAAAGGACCACCACGUGGGACAGGAGCUCGUUAGAUGUGGGGUUAGCCAUGCAGUUGCUGGACUGCAACUUCUCUGAUGCAAAUGUGCGCUCCAUGGCUGUAAGGAAACUGGAGACACUGGAUGAAGAUGUUGUCUUACGAUAUCUGCUGCAGUUGGUUCAGGCAGUGAAAUUUGAGCCUUACCAUGACAGUGCUCUUGCAAGAUUCUUGUUAAAACGGGCACUCAGGAGCAAGAGAAUUGGCCAUUUCCUGUUCUGGUUUUUGCGAAGUGAAAUUGCCCAGUCAAUGCAUUAUCAGCAACGCUAUGCGGUUAUUCUGGAGGCCUAUCUGCGAGGCUGCGGUGAUGCCAUGCUCCAGGAUUUCAAGAAGCAAGUGGAGAUCACAGAGGCUCUCCAGAAAGUCACCCGUGAGAUCAAGGCAGUCUCAGCAGAAAAAUAUGAUGUGUCAGCACAGGUGGUUUUUCAGCUGCGACAGAAAUUGGAGAGUUUACAAGUGUCGGGUCUGCCGCAGAGCUUCAAAGUGCCGUAUGACCCAGGCCUACGUGCCGGAGGGCUUGUGAUUGAACAGUGCAAAGUUAUGGCAUCAAAAAAGAAGCCAUUGUGGCUGCAGUUCAAGCGUGCAGACCCCACAACCCUGUCUAGUGACACCAUCGGAAUCAUUUUCAAGGAUGGAGAUGACCUUCGUCAAGACAUGCUCAUCCUACAAAUCCUGUUGAUAAUGGAGUCUAUUUGGGAAGCAGAAUCACUGGAUCUGUGCUUAUUGCCAUAUGGCUGCAUUUCCACUGGGAAUAAAAUAGGCAUGAUUGAAAUAGUGAAGGAUGCCAGAACCAUUGCCAAUAUACAGCAGAGUAUUGUGGGAAAUACAGGUGCCUUCAAAGAUGAGCUUCUUAAUCAGUGGCUCAGGGAAAAGUGUGUCUGUGAGGACAAGUUUCAACAGACUGUGGAGCGCUUCGUGUACUCCUGUGCAGGCUACUGUGUUGCCACCUAUGUCCUUGGAAUUGGCGACCGUCAUAAUGACAACAUUAUGAUUACAGAAACUGGGAACCUCUUCCACAUCGACUUUGGACACAUUCUGGGCAAUUACAAGAGUUUCAUGGGCAUCAGUAAGGAGAGGGUCCCAUUUGUACUGACUCCUGAUUUCCUUUACGUCAUGGGGACGACAGGGAAGAAAAGCAGCCCGUAUUUUCAGAAAUUCCAGGAUACAUGCGUGAAAGCCUACUCAGCUCUGAGACACCACACCAACCUGCUCAUCAUUCUCUUCUCCAUGAUGCUGAUGACCGGUAUGCCCCAGCUGACCAGCAAAGAGGACAUUGAGUACAUCCGAGAGGCGCUGACCGUCGGCCGCUCGGAGGAGGAGGCCCAGCGUCACUUCCUGGACCAGAUCGAGAUUUGCAGAGAUAAAGGCUGGACGGUGCAGUUCAACUGGUUCUUGCACUUGGUGCUGGGAAUCAAACAAGGAGUGGAGAAACGCUCUGCCUGAUCUUCUCAAUUCCCGUGGUUACAGGGACAGCAUAUCACAUAACAUGCUUUCGACAUUCACAUUUUUUGUUAGCAUUUGUGUGUACUCCAUAGAGUUAUGAAGGGGAAUCUCUGUUGUAGAUAGUGAAGUGGCAAGAACACAGGUUUCAAAUUGCAAAUUGCACUAAAGCACCUGAAUCAUACAAGCCUUCUUUGUGUCUGACUUUGUAAUGUAGCAUUUUGGAAGUACCUUAGGAAAUACAUUAUCAACCUAUCACACUUGACUCAUAGUGCAAAAUUAAAAGGAUGUCUCUUCCUGAUGGCAAAGGGUGAAAGUAAUUCCUGUUGACUUGAUUGGCCAUUGCACUGUGAACAUAUACAUAUUAUGUAAUAUUUAAUAUGGUUACUGUUAUUGCUACUGCUGUGGGCUUCUCUUACUUUUUAGUCUAGGUUUUGAGUGCAGUAGUAUUGUUCCGAUUAUUUUUUAUUAUUCAGGCUUGUUAGUUGACUUAAAGUGGCAUUAUGUAGGAAUUGCUAAUUGCUAACGAGAUGCUAGCGGCUAAACCUAGCAAAACCUUU